AUGCAAGAUCCAAGGAUUCCUUUGUCGGAGAAUACCUUGAGUAUUAAACCAAAGAAGAAGAAAAACCCAACCCAAAAGGCAUCCUUACUUCAGGUGCAAGGGAAUGUUGUUAUUGGAGAGGGAAAUGCUCCUCUGCCAUUGAAAUCGAGACCUAAGGGUUCCAAAAGACCUAUAAUGGCUGAAGUCUCGCCGUCUUUUCAGAAACCAGAAGGUUCCAAUUCAGAUUCGUUGCCCGACUCCUCAGUGGGUGGAAGUGAGUACCGUCAAUUGAGGCGGAAGUAUUUGCAGCUGGAGGAUGAUGGGUUUGCGUUAGGUAAAGAGCUAAAAGAGGCUGAAGAUCAGGUGAAGACCCUAGAGGAGGAGAAGAUUGCAUUGCUGGAUCAACUGGUUGUAAUGGAAGGUCUUGUUAGUCCAACAAAGAUUCACUCGUAG